AUGAUAACCGGCCACCGAUUCAACAUGCAUGCUCAUGGCGAUUCGCUGUUGUUCCAUCCGAACUCAGCUGGACACCACAUUUUCGACCUUAACCUCGCCUUGAUCAUCGUUUCAACGAUACUCAUAUCUCUCCGCAUUAUCGUACGGAAGUUCGUGGUCAAGGCCAUGGGAUGGGAUGACCUGAUUGCGAUAGUGGCCUGGGGACUCUGCGUGACGCUGUCGGCUCUCGAAAUGGACACUACCAAUUACGGCACAGGGGCUCAGAUGGAAGAUGUGCCUCGACAGACGAUUCUUCAGUUCCUCAAGAGGCUUUCCAUCAUGGAGCUCGUCUACCUCAUCGCGUCUGGAGCGGUACGAUUGUCGAUCCUGGCAUUCCUGCCGCGCUUGAGCAAGAAUAGUAUGUCUAAGUCGAGUCGAGUUGAGUCCACUUAUGCUCUUGGGCUAAUGCUAAUCGUCGCUGCUAGAGAUAUACAGGUGGAGUAUAUAUGGCCUCAGCUUCAUCGUCGUAGUCUUUGUGAGCCUUUGCUGACAAGACGGCGUAGUGACGUCUUCAACUACGACGCUUCCUGGCGACAGUGUAAAGACAAGAGCGAAGAGCAGUCGAUGAUGCUUGCCCAUGCCAUCAUCUCCAUCUUCGUGGACUGCAUGCUGGUGGCUCUUCCACUCUGGGUCGUUACAAACUAUCUCAAAAUGGGCGUCAAGGCGAUACAGAUCUUGCUCGUCUUCUCCUUUGGCAUCUUUGCAGUUGCCACUGGCAUCGUCCGGCUCUCAAUCAUCAUUACAACAGACUUCAGUGUGAACACAACGUAUAAGAUGCUAACUGUCGCCGCAUGGACCGACGCUGAACUCCACGUCGGUCUUUGGGUUGGUUGCUUUCCGGCGUUGCAGCCCUUGCUUAGACAAGCGUCGUUGGCCCUGGGGCUGCGAAGUCAACUGGAUAGUAGAGCUCCUACAAGCAAAAGAGAUACGACUGUCUCUACGGACACGUCCAACAGAAAGAGCGUUACCAACCGGUGGUCGCGCAGCUCAGGCUAUUUUUGGAGUAUCGGUGGCCGACCAAAUAGGGAAGCCGGAGGCGGAGGGGGGCGUGUCGAGGUCGAGAGAGGCACAUCUGGAGGUGUUGAGAUGACAGAUCUGGAGAAGGGGGGAGACGGAAGGCUCAAUCGCGAACAGUCAGACAUCUCGGUCGAUAUCGACCUCGGCGAAAGGCCGAACACGGGAUGGGGGGCAGAGGCGGGGGCGGAUGCGAAUGGCCAAAGACAGGAAGCCUGA